AUGACGCGCGCCCAGCAGACGCUUUCCGUGCUCCUGCUAGUAUCCUCUCUCUACCUAUCCCUUUAUCUCGGCCUCGUUCCGCUUAACGAGACUGUCCAGCAAGAAAUAAUCCCCGUCCUCCCUUUCUAUGCUCUAAUAUCUUUCGGAUGCUACCUUCUCGGUCGCCUAGGUCUAGCCAUCUUCACUUUCCACGAUGUGCCCGAGGCACACGAGGAGCUGCAAGGUGAAAUUGAACAGGCUAAAGCUGAACUGCGCCGCGUGAACGUUGACGUCGAUUAAACGCACGAGAUCUACGCUGCCUUAUAAUCUUCAAUCGAUUCGCGACUUUGGUGGUGAUUUGGGAAGAGAGAUGGGAAAGGGGAUUUGGUGAUUUUGUAAGAUACAAUAUAAUGGCACGGGAGUUUGUUUUUUAAGGUAUGGUUUUUGCUCUGUAAAUAUCAUUGGAUUCGUACGCCGUUCCUCUCGAGAAACUGGUUAGCGAAUUUCGUUUUAUGGUAUAGCGUCAUUGUUCCUAUGGCGCGGGGCUCAUAGAACACCAAGAGCGAUAACAAAGAGCAAAAAUUGUCUAAAGUAGACAGAUCGCCAAGUAGGGUUGCUUUUAUCUAUCGAAUAUUAUCAUCAAAACAUCC